AGCCAAGCGACGCCUGCCGGGAACGGCCGUUUCCUUCACACUCCUCGACGAAUUUCGCGCGCUGUUUUUUUUCUCCGCUCCUCCCCCCCCCUCCGGCGCACGCCUUUUACGCGCCGCGAUCCUUUCCGUCGCCCCGGUGCGGAGGAGGCAGCGGCAUCCGAAGGAUUCCCGCGGAAGGUCACCUCGAAAGGCUCCCUUUCGCUUUCAGUUCAGUUCGGCGGCGGGGCUUUCGCACAGAAAACCGGCGGGAGCGUUUCGGCCGGAGAGUUGGGGAAGAGGGUGCCCGCCGGGCUUUCCUUCUCCGUGCCCGCUGUUCGAAGCCGCCGGGAAGCCCCCCUGAAAGCUUUGGGAGAAAGAAGGAACAGAAUCACACCCAUCUUGUGUACAAAAUCUCUUGUAUGUGAAACUCCUCUUAUAUAUGAAAAAAACCUCAACCAUCUUGUGUAUGAAUUAACAACAGGGAAACACGCACAAUGGUACAUGCUGAAACGUUUUCUCGUCCUCUAACUCGGAAUGAAGUUGUUGGUUUAAUUUUCCGCUUAACAAUAUUUGGCGCUGUGACCUAUUUUACAAUUAAAUGGAUGGUAGAUGCAAUUGAUCCAACAAGGAAGCAAAAAGUAGAAGCCCAAAAACAGGCAGAAAAGUUGAUGAAGCAAAUAGGUGUGAAAAAUGUGAAGCUUUCUGAGUAUGAGAUGAGCAUUGCUGCACAUUUGGUGGAUCCUCUUAGUAUGCACGUAACAUGGAAUGAUAUUGCAGGCUUAGAUGAGGUUAUUACAGAUCUGAAGGACACAGUCAUUUUGCCAAUCAGAAAAAAACAUCUAUUUCAAAACUCAAGACUUCUACAACCACCAAAAGGAGUGCUGCUAUACGGCCCUCCGGGUUGUGGUAAAACCUUGAUCGCUAAAGCUACAGCAAAGGAAGCUGGUUGCCGCUUUAUUAAUCUUCAGCCCUCGACGUUGACAGACAAGUGGUAUGGCGAAUCCCAGAAGCUGGCAGCGGCUGUUUUUUCUCUUGCUAUAAAACUGCAACCGUCCAUCAUCUUUAUUGAUGAAAUAGAUUCUUUUCUACGAAGUCGUUCAAGUUCUGAUCAUGAGGCCACAGCUAUGAUGAAAGCCCAAUUCAUGAGUCUCUGGGAUGGUCUAGACACUGAUUUUAAUUGCCAAGUGAUAGUGAUGGGAGCUACCAAUCGCCCUCAGGAUCUUGACACUGCCAUUAUGAGAAGAAUGCCUACAAGGUUUCAUAUCAAUCAGCCUUCACUAAAACAGAGGGAAGCAAUCCUGAAACUUAUUUUGAAAAAUGAAAAUGUGGACAGGCAUGUGGAUCUCCUUGAAGUCGCCAAAGAAACGGAUGGGUUUUCAGGAAGUGACUUGAAAGAAACGUGCCGCGAUGCUGCACUCCUGUGUGUCAGGGAAUAUGUAAAUACUGCAUAUGAAGACAGCAACGACGACGAUGAAAUUCGCCCAGUGCAACAAAGAGAUUUGCAUCGAGCCAUCGAGAAGAUGAGGAAAUCAAAGGAUGCAACGAAUCAAAGUGUUCUGAUGCAUGUUAGUUUAGAUUAAGGUUAUCCAUCGCUUCUUUUGGUGACUGAUAAUUUAAAUAGUAGAAGUCAAUUGAAAAAAAACAAAAA